UUCACAUUGAGUAACACACAAAAAGACAUCCUCUUACAAGUGUUAAAAGAUGUGAAAGUUCCAGACGGAUAUGCUUCAAAUAUCUCAAGUUGUGUUGAUCUGAAGCAAUGCACAAUGCAUGGGUUGAAGAGUCAUGACUGCCAUAUUUUAAUGCAACAACUCCUUCCUAUUGCCUUGCGGAAUCUCCUGCCAGUGAAUGUACUUAAGCCAUUGAUUGAAUUAAGUAAUUUCUUUAGGGGCAUUUGUUCAAAAGAUCUGAAGAUAGGUGACUUAGAAAAACUCCAAGAUCGAGUUGCAAUAACUCUAUGUCAUUUGGAGAGAAUAUUUCCUCCAUCUUUCUUUGAUAUCAUGGAACAUCUACUUAUCCAUUUAGCUGAAGAAGCAAUGUUGGGAGGACCUUCACAAUAUCGUUCAAUGUGGUUUAUCGAACGGUUCUUGCUUUGUCUUAAAAACUACGUAAGGAAUAGACGUUAUCCAGAAGGUGCGAUUGCAGAGGGACGUUGGAUAGACGAGUUAAUGACGUUUUGCUCAUGGUAUUUAGAUGACGUCGAGACUAAGUCUAAUCCACCUCUAAGAAAUGAUGUUUUAUCUAGUGAAACGACAGACCAAGAGGGUCGUCGAUCAAGUAGAGAGAAAGGAUUUAAGCUUGAUGACAUUACACGUGCUCAAGCCCACAGAUAUGUUUUAUUUAAUUCUACCUCCACAACUUCAUAUCGUGAUGAACAUAUAAAAGAAAUCAAGAAGGAAAAUCCUCGUCUAUCAAGACAUAAUGUGGAUCGAAUUCAUAAUGAAAUAUUUCAACUAUGGUUUAGAAAUCACGUCGAGAAGAUGCAUAUGGCUGGUGAAAAAAUAUCUGAGGAUAUUCAAACUUUAGCUAUUGGCCCAUUAAUACAAGCAAAAAGAAUGACUGGCUAUAUAUGUGAUGGAGUUAGAUACUUAACAGAGUCUCGUGAUGUUAAGAGAAAAACUCAAAAUAGUGGUAUUAUGUUAAAGGCUAUCACUCAAAGUUAUGCAAGCACAAAGGAUAAAAAUCCCAUAUUGGCAGAGGUUUCUUUUUAUGGAAUCCUCACAGACAUAAUUGAGUUAUAUUAUUCCAAGAAUCUCAAGUUUGUAUUGUUUAAAUGUAAAUGGGUGAACAAUAGCAAGGGUCUUAUUAAGAAAGAUGAUUAUGGAUUUACUCUUGUGAAUUUUAAUCAUCUACUGUAUACAAGACAUCAGUUAUCAGAUGAACCAUUCAUCUUUGCUUCUCAAGCUCAACAAGUGUUUUAUGUCGAUCAUCCUAUGGAAAAGGAGUGGCGAAUGGUUGUUAAACUUAAGCCAAGAGGUUUUUAUGAUUUAGGUGAUGACACACCAACAACUGAGCAUAAGGAAGGACAUAUGGAGUUGUGGCCUGAACAACAAUUGGAUGACACAACAUUUGAAACUGAAGAAGACAUUGAAUGGGUUAGAGAAGGAGUACCAGGAUUAGAAAUUGACCCAGAAACUUUGGAAAGUAAUGAAGCAUAUGAUGAAGAUGACAACAUAUCUUAGUUUUUGUUACUAUAGUAGUAUAAUCACUAUUUCAGUACAAUUGAUUUUUGAACAAUAAUGACUUUGAUGUUUUUACUCUUCAUUCAGCUGUUAAAAUCUCAUAUGUUUAUAUAUCUUAUUAUUUGACAUGAUAGUUAGAUAUUAUUUUAUACUUUUAUAUAGUAGAAACUACUUUAAAUUUGGUAGGAUUCAUAGCUAC